AAAACGGUCAACAAUUAUCUUAGAAUAGCUCUUGUAAGAGGAAUCUAUGAAAAUUUGAUCUAGACUAAAAAUUGUAGUGAAGAAAAUAAUUAUAAAUGGAGAGCUUUUGAAACUACAUGCUUGAAUAUCAUUCAACAAUAAUGGCUUCUUUAUUUGAUUGUUUCUUCCUCCUUUUUUCUCUUAUCUUCUUCACUAUUUCCCCAUCUUCAGCUAAAACACUGCCAUUUCGUCCAAAUACAAUAGUCAUUCCAGUUUCCAAAGAUAAAUGCACCAACCAAUACACCAUCCAAAUCAGCCAACGAACACCUUCUACACCGGUGAAGUUAACGGUGGAUCUUGGCGGAAGGUUCAUGUGGGUUAACUGUGAAGAAAGCUAUACUUCUUCCACAUACAAACCUGCAAAAUGUAACUCCACUCUUUGCUCACUUGCUAACUCAAAAGUUUGCACUACUGAGCCGACUCAGUGUAGUUCUAGCCCUAGGCCAGGGUGCAAUAACAAUAGUACAUGUACCAAAUUCAUCCAAAACAGAGUUGUGUACAUCGGCACCGGGGGGGAGCUCGGUCAGGAUACGGUUUCUAUUCAGUUCUAUAAUAAAAACAAUCCCGGCAGGAUUGUUUCAUUGGCCAGUUUCCCGUUUUUUUGCGGUAUAACAUGGCUAUUGGAUAGUCUUGCGGAGGGGGUCACUGGGGUAGCUGGUUUCGGAAGAUCGAGCAACAUUUCGCUUCCUGCUUAUCUCUCCGAUUCUAUGGAUCUCCCGAAAAAAUUUGCAAUUUGUUUGAGUUCUAAUUACAAAAACAAUGGCUUGAUAUUCUUCGGAAAUGGUCCGAAUUAUGAACCGCUUACAUACACUCCGCUGAUCCUCAACCCCGUCGAGGAUCUGAUUACGGGCGGAUCAGCUGACUACUACAUUGGAGUUAAAUCCAUAAGGGUUGAUGGGAAAAAGAUUAAAUUUGACGAGAAUUUGUUAUCCGUCGUUAAAGAUGGCAGUGGCGGAACCAUGCUUAGUACCGUAAAUCCAUACACUGUGUUGCAUACUUCUAUUUAUAAAGCUCUUCUUAGAGAUUUUACCAAGAAGAUGGAAUUAAAAUUUAGAUCUCUUGUGGUACCUUCAGUACCAGUACCAUUUGGAGCAUGCUACUAUUCAAGCGGGUUCGGUACGAUUGAAGAAUUCUUGGCGAUCGUACCGGCAAUUGAUCUGGAAUUGGAAAGUGCAGAUGGUAAAAAUGUGUCUUGGAGAUUCUCCGGUGCAAAUUCAAUGGUGGCAGUCAAUAGCUACACUAUGUGUUUGGCGUAUAUUGACGGUGGAUCGCAACCCUGGGCUCCGAUUAUUAUUGGUGGGCAUCAGCUAGAAGAUACUGUUCUACAGUUUGAUCUUGAUAAAUCAAGACUUGGUUUCAGUUCUAAUCUUGUUUAUAAGAAUACCACUUGCUCCAACUUUGUUGACUCCAUGUAAUAAUCUUCUAUGAUUUGUCAUUAUGUCUUGUUCUUGCCUUGUGCAAGACCAUAGAUAAAUAAAGAAAUUUCUUAUUUACAUAA